AAGAUAAUAUGAAAAAACAAAUAUGGCUGAGGAAACGGAUACUGAAAAAAGUAUAAAAUGUAUUAAAAUUUUGUCAGAUUUCCGUCCUGUCGGUGUAACAGCUAUGAAGGACGAUGGCAGCGAUCUGUAUACGGUAUCUUGUGAUAUAAGAGAGAAAUUCCGAAGGAACAUCCGGUACACCAUUUUCUACUACUGUCGUGGUUUUCGGGAAAGCCAUACCUGUCUUAGUGACUUCAACUGGAUAAAUAAAAAUGGUGCCAUACUGCGACAUACAAUUAAAGUUCCAAGUGGCCAAUAUGGAGAUUGGAUGUUUGGGGUAUCAUUAGUUGCCAAUGAUUACACUUCUGGUGGCAUUUCAUUUGCGAGCUGUUAUUCCUCUGUCAACAUCAGUUGUGAAGAUGCCAGUAUUCAAAAGGUAGAAAGCUUGACAGACUUAUAA